AUGUCUGCUGAGAUUCGCUCAAGGAGUGAUAUAGUGUUAAACGUUGCUUCGAGUGGUAUUGCAUCUUUACUUCUUCCCAAUGGAAGAACGGCACACUCAAGGUUCAAAAUACCGUUGAAUAUAACUGAGGAUUCUGUAUGUAACAUCAAACCUGGUUCCCCUCAAGCAAUGUUGCUGUUGAAAGCUAAACUUAUAAUUUGGGAUGAGGCUCCAAUGGUUAGUAGGUACUGCUAUGAAGCGCUUGAUAAAUGCUUGGGUGAUAUCAUGAGGUGUUCUCUAACAUAUAGCAAAGAUUUGCCCUUUGGAGGAAAAGUGGUUGUACUAGGUAGAGACUUUAGACAAGUUCUUCCUGUCAUUUCACGAGGAUCGAGACAAGAUAUCAUUCAUUCAACCGUUAAUUCGUCUUACCUUUGGAAGUUUUGUCAGGUGCUCAAACUAACAAAAAACAUGAGACUCUCUGUAGGGAUGAUUGCUUCAGAUCAAGAUGAGACAGAGCAAUUCGGUAAGUGGUUAUUGAAAGUUGGUGAUGGUCUAAUAGGUGACAAUAUGGAUGGUGAAUCUGAGAUAUGUCUUCUUAGAGAUAUUGUUAUUCCUUCUUCGGACCAGGCAUUUGAUGAGUUGGUUCAUUUUUCUUAUCCAAAUAUUUUGGAAAACAUGUCCUCAAAGAAUUUUUUCAAAGCAAGAACCAUACUGGCUCCCGCACUAGACAUCGUUGAAGAGGUCAACAACCAUCUGAUGGCUAUCAUUCCUGGAGGAAAAAAAUUAUAUCUUAGUUCGGAUUCCAUUUGUAUGGAUGAAGGGAAUAUGGAGAGUCAACUAGAUCUUUAUGGUCCUGAAUUACUGAAUAGCAUAAAUUGCUCUAGUUUUCCUACACAUAAAUUAAUACUCAAGGUUGGUGUUCCGGUGAUGUUACUGAGGAAUAUUGACCAAUCCAGUGGUCUUUGUAAUGGUACAAGGAUACAAGUUAGGACGCUUAGAAAUCAUGUCAUAGAAUGUGAAGUCUUAACGAAUAACAAUGUUGGUUAUGUUGCUUUGAUUCCUAAAAGAAUAUGGUACCAACAAAUGAAACCGUCCCAGUUAGAUUCCAACGAAGACAGCUUCCCAUAA